AUUGCGUACGAGAGCACGCUGCGGCGUGAGGCGAGCGGCGGUAGGAUGUUGGAGGCUUGUUGCCAUGACGACGGAAGAGGGACAGCUCUCGCAGCUCGCUCCGCGGCGACAGAGGAAGCCGUCUCGCUGCAGAGCUCGGGCCAGACAGGCACCGUGCAGACAGCGGCGGUCGAGGAGGGGUUUGCCGGGGCAGCAUCAUCACCAGGAUUUUUAUUGCUUUUUCUCCACUGGGCCUCUGAUUUCUUAAAUGGUCCGAUGAGCAUCCCCGCAGCGUCCAUGCAGAAGGGCGAGGGAGGAGACAUGCAAUCCCCAGUGAUGGCUCCCUCCUUCCUUCCUGGCCAGAGGGGUAAGAUACCCGGCAGGAAGAGGGGCCGGCCCCCCCUACGCAGCGUGCCGAAAAUGGACUUCCCCAACCGCUAUUCCGAGUCGCUGUCGCCCCUCAAAGUGCCCAAGAAGAGGGGGCGGAAGCCAGGAUUUAAGCUCAAGUCCCGUCUUGCCAUGACCCCCCUGGCCAUCUCCCCUCCGAGCAGCACACCGGAGCCAGACAUGAGCUCCAUUCCCCAGGAUGCUGCCACCGUCCCGCACUCAGCCACGCCCCAGGUGCUUACAGUUUGCAUUUAUAUAAACAAGCAAGCCAACACGGGUCCUAAUCUUGACAGGAAAAAAUUGCAGCAGCUCCCCGACCACUUUGGGCCGGACCGCCCCUCCGUGGUUCUGCAGCAGGCCGUGCAGGGCUGCAUUGACAGCGCUUUCCAGCAGAAAGCCGUCUUCUCGCUGCUCACGCAGGGGUACGGCGGCGAGAAAAUCUCAGCCACGUUUGACGGGAAGCAGCACCUGUUGAGUCUCCCCGUGGUGAACAGCGUCGGCUAUGUGCUGCGCUUCCUCAAGAAGCUCUGUCGCAGUCUGCAUUGCGAGAACCUCUUCAGCGAUCAGCAGUUCACGCACCACCCCUCGGCGAGCUACCACGCCGACAAGUACUAUGAGGGGAAUGCGCUCUCCACUGAGACGUCCAUGCCUGAAGACUACCUGGCUGACCCCAUUGACUCCAAGAGGUACUCCGUGGACCCCAGUGACUCUGCCUUCAACGCCAUGGGCUCAUCGUACCCGGGCAAGGCCUACGGCUACCGCUCCUGCCAGUCCUUCCCCAGCGGCAGACAGGCCUCUAGUCCAAACACCUUCCAGGAAGGAAACAGAAGUGCCUACAGUCCCUCUCCUGAGUCCCAGGAAGCCAAGCCGCCUCCCAGUAAGGACCCGUCCACUUGGACGGUGGAGGACGUAGUGUGGUUCGUGAAGGAUGCAGAUCCCCAGGCCCUGGGCCCACACGUCGACGUCUUCAGAAAACACGAAAUUGACGGGUACGCGCUGCUGCUCUUGAAGAGUGACGUGAUCAUGAAAUACCUGGGGUUGAAGCUGGGGCCCGCGCUGAAGCUGUGUUACCACAUCGACAAGUUAAAACAGGCCAAGUUCUGAAACGAGCCGCCACGAUGACGACUGAAACAAGCCAAGUUCUGAAGCUGAGCUACCGCAUCGUCAAGUUGAAAAAAAAGCCAAGUUCUGAAGCUGAGCAGCCAUACUGAGAAGUUAACAGGCCAAGUUUGGAAGCUGUGCCUCACUGACAAGUUAAAACAGGUCGACCUCUGAAUCUGAGCUACCACAUCGUCAAGUUGAAACAAGCCAAGUUCUGAAGCUGAGCUACUACAUAGACAAGUAAAGAUAGGCCAAAUUUUGAAGCUGAGCAGCCACACUGAGGAGCUAAUAAGGCAAGUUUGCAAGCUGUGGUUUACCGACAAGUUAAAAGACGUCUGAAAUUCCGAAGCUGAGCUACCACACAGACGAGUUAAGACAGGCCAAGUUUGGAAGCAGUGUUACUACAGCUACAAGAUCAAACGGAUUAAUUUGGUUUUCAAGUCGAAAAAGGCCCGGAAGAUGAGUUACUCUUUGGAUAAGUUCAAACAGGCCACGUUCUGAAGCCGAGUUACCGCGGCAAGAAGUAAAAACAGAGCAGGUUGCGAAGCCGAUAUACCACUUGGACAAGUUCAACCAGGCAAAGUUCUGAAGCUGAGUUACCACAGCAAGAAGUAAAAAGAGACCAAGUCGUGAAGCCGAGUUACCGCUCGGACAGGUUCAACCAGGCAAAACUCUGAAGCUGAACAUUCUGGAGUGUCGCGGAGGCAGGACACUCACUAAUCUCAGUAGCAUUAACCAAUGAAGCGACAGAUGCACAUCUGCAGUAUUCACGCGUGUCAAAGGAAAGGCUCAUUUAAAUCCGCGUUUACCGUCUACGUGACACCGUGCUGUUCGUCGUCGGCGCUUGAGCGACGCGAUGGGUUCACAGCGACGGCGAAUAGGUGCUCCCAGGGUUUUACCACUGUUUACCAUACUACUGCCACCUUCUGCUUUACUUUAUCUACUGUACAUACACUGACCUGUAAGAAAUGUAUAGAGGCAGGAAGCCUCAUGCAGGGCGAAGCAGUGCAGUCAUCCAUCACCUGUCAGCAGUAUCGUGGAAGCAGAGGACAGGACAACAGGGUUUCUAAUUGCACGGGGGCUGAUGCGAUCUGCUGCCACCUACAGGCUCAGUGAGGCACAGCAACCUGCUGUGUCACCAGCAGAGCUCAGUAUCACAGCGCAGCUACAUCUGUAACAAAGCGGACCAGUAAAGCAGUAAAUCUUGACAUUUGUUUCGCAAAAAAGGUAGCAAUCGGCGCGCGCCGAAAAUCUCAGCCCAGCGACGUAGCGGAAGCGCACUUCCAUUAACACACGAAGAGAAGAAAUUAAUUUAAUUUGCAGUUUGGCACGAAAUCAUAAAACGAAAAGUCAUAAUUAUUAUGAAAUGAGGUGUGGUUUAGUUUAGGGGCGGAUAUGGCUGUUUUUAAAUUUUAAAAAGAAAAAAAGAAAAAAAAAAAAAGAUUCAGUACAUUUUCCGCCAAAUCGCAGUCACCGACCCUUACAGAAAACAAUCACUCAAGUGAACAUGUUGAUUUGUAGGAUAUGAGUAGUUUUUAGACUUUUUAAACAUUUACUGGUACUUGUUUUUUUAUUACUGUUAUUACUUUGAACUUUGGAAACGGUUUUCA